AUGUAUCGAAUUAUUAUUCUACUGAUCAUUGUUUCAUGGAGUGAUUCAUCAAUCUUUCCAUAUUCAUUAAUAUCAAGUACAAGUUGGGUAAUUAAUCCUGAAAGUUUCUAUACAGAUUUUUCAGCUUCAUUAACACCUGAUCAACGUCCAUCAAUAUUUCAAUAUAGUUAUAAUCACACACCAACCGUAUUUAUAUGUCGUACACGUGGUUGUUCAAAAAUUUCGACUCUUUCUAUGCCUGGUCUAGAUUCAGCGGAAUUUGCACUUGCUGGCGUAUCACCUCGUCGUAUUCAACAAUAUUCUCCUUAUAUUAAUGGUGCUCAAUUUUAUCUUUCAUUAGGUUAUCGAACACCGAAUAACAAUGUUGAACUAGUUAUGUGUUUACCAUCAGAUCCUGAAUGUAAUAAACCAUUAAUUCAAAAUACAGUAAAUAGUCCAGGAUUUGGUCAAGCAGGAUUACGUUUAACAUUUACUCAUGAAGGUUUACCUAUAAUGAUCAUACCCGAAGCUCGUUAUGCAUCUGUAGAUAAUCGUGUUACAGGUUAUACAGUACAAAUAUGCCAAGAUCCAUUAUGUCAACAAGGUUUAGACUAUUCUCGUGUUUCAUUACCAUUUAAUCUUACAGGAAAAGCUUAUUGUAAAGGAACAAGUGUUGAUGUAGCACGUAAUCGUUUUGGUUUCCCAACUUGGUUAACAUUAUGUGGACCUGAAUUAAAUUUAAUACAUUGUUUAACACAAUCAUGCAAUCAAACAUCUGUAAUUCAAUUUAGUGUUAAUCAAGAUUUAGUUUAUUUUGUUUAUUUAGCUGUUGAUUCACAAUUUCGAUUUUCUAUAUCAACAAAUGGACAAACAUCACAAUCGGAUAUAACUCAUAUUCGAUGUCUUGAUCCUGAUUGUAAACAAUCAAUUCAAUCACAAUAUACAAUUCCUUCGAGAAUAGUACAAAGACCAAAAUUAUUUGGAGUUCAAGUUCAACAUGUUAUUGAUCCAAAUACAGAUUUACCUGUUUUUCAUUUUAUUGCUUCAGAAUAUCCAUCAAAUAAACCUUUAUAUAUGUUUAUUGUAUGUGGAAAUAUUGAAUGUACAGAUAUGACAAAUAUUGUGGAUUAUGGUAUUCAACUUGGAAUCAAUCAACUUCGAGUUUCGGAUGUUUUUGCUGAUGAUCAAGGAACAAUUAUUGCAUGUUCAAGAGUUAAUUAUAUCAAAACAAAUGAAACAAUUAAUCUUAUUGUAAGAAUAGCUCGAACAAAAGAAACAAGACUUCAUGAAUUAAAUUUUGUUCAACCUUAA